AUGACCGAUGAACUGUCGGUCAAGCAGAAUACUGGCAAACGUCUGAAUAAGGAAGGCAAAGAGCGUCGUGAUCGACUUCCGGUCGACAAAUAUGUCACCCUGAACGAGUUCCCAGUCACCAAGUACACUGCGGAUGACAGUGAGAUUAUCGACACAGGACUACCUAAAAGGCCUGUUUUAGACGACGCCCUCGCAAAAUCUGCGAGAGUCUUUAGGGGAGCGCCGAGUCCGUGCCCAUUUACGGGCUGGCGUGGUGGUCUUGGAGGCAGACCUCAUGAAGGCGUCUUUCUACAGGAGGAGUUGGAACAUGCUGAAGAUGACAACGGUCAAGCAGCAGGCGAACAAGAGAAUACCACCACUCCGGUUGGCAACAAUGCAGAUCGGGGAGCGGGUGGUGCCACAACGACUGCUGGCAAUGACGCAGGAUGGGGAAGGGAAAUGAAUGGAUCUAUAACCCUGCAAGCUCUGUCAACUGACCACAACUACAAAGUCGUGACCUUUUCUCCUUGCGCAUUCCCAGAAGUAGAGGGCAAACAUCUUGAUCAACAGCAUUUCACUCGUUCAGAUGGGCAUGCUGAUCAGCUUCUACGAUGGCACUUUCGACAGACAGUCUUGACAAACAUGAGAGGAGCUGGAGAGCCGGUCUUCGAUCACGACUUUUCGCCUGGUUCUGAUAUUGUUGGAGAUAUACUGGAGGGCCCAAGAGCAGGUGAAAGAAUGGAGUUUGAGCUGUUCAGUCGCCCCGGGUCUCAAGUGGAGCUGUUUCCUUCGCAUUUGGAACUUGAGGGCGGGGAAUCCGCAGACGAAGAAGAACAGCAGGGGGAGGAGCAGGAAGAAGAAGUACACGAUGAAGAGUCAUACAAAAUGGCAUGA